AUGGAACGCGAUAGUCUGAUUGCUUAUGGAGCCAGCAACUUGAUCUAUGAGCGACUCAUGGUUCCUAGUGAUCCUUUUGAAGUUCAGGUUUGCAGAGAUUGCGGUUUAUUGAAGAAGGCAGUUUGUUCAACUUGUAAAGAUGGCAGUAACUUUUCUACUAUGAAACUCCCAUACGCAUGCAAGCUCCUCUUCCAGGAACUCCAGUCGAUGAAUGUUGUUCCUCGUCUCAAACUCGAAGAGGCUUCUUGA